AUGUCGAACCAAGUCAAUGAAGAAGACCAGAUGGAGUGGCAUUUGGAUACUGAUGUUAUGGACUGGGAGGACAACAUUGCCGUUGCGGACUGGAGUAUUCUCACUAAUCCAUCCCAAGAUGGCCAGAGCGAGCCUCCGAGCCAUGGUCUUGUCCCUCGGAGGCAUUCCCUGAGCCAUAGUAAUGCUCAGCAUCAGCAGGAGCUUGGGGUGUUGGAUAUGUCAUUCGCAACUGGUGUUAUGGACUGGGAGGUUGAAAAUGAAGUUGCGAACUGGAGAAUGCUUACCAAUGCAUCUCCAGACCGUCGGAGCCAGAGUAAUCAUUAUAGCCCAAGCUUUACACGCAAUCAAAGCGAUGACGUGAGUCAGGGCGGGUUAUAUGAUGGGGCUAUUGAUAUGGGAUUUGACGAUACAUUUGUGGGGGCUGAAGAUACUGCAGUUGGGGAUGCCAGGGUCGACGAUACGGCUGUGGAUACCGACAAUACACUGGUAGCUAUGGACGUUGACGAUACAUUCGCGGAUCUCGAGGAUAAAUUUCCGGAUCUCGACGAUACGUUGACUCGGAUGGAUGUUGAUGAUACACUGGCAGUUGCCAGUGUAGACUUGGUGGCCAAUGAUACAGCCAUUAUGGAAUUUGAUUUCAGCAAGACACUUUUAGACUUGGAGGCUGGCGAUAGGGUUCUGGAUUGGGGGACUAAGAAUCAGCCUCAGGUUCCUGAGAGCCAGCCUGAGACUUCCAUUUUCCCAAAGGGACAGGAAUUCCUACAAAUCUGCACUAUGUUAGGAUGCGCAGAGCGCAUGGUGGAUGGCCGUCAUUGCGAAUAUCACAAGGCACAGGAAAUACCGACUACGUGCAUAGACUUCGGAUGUACCUCUCGGAGUAUGGUAGAAGGCUAUUGUUUUGACCAUUGGACGCAGGCACAUGGCUGCGAGCCGGAUAAUGAGCAGUUUGAUUGCAAUUUCCCCGGGUGCAUUAACAAGAAAGAGUCCGGCUCCUUGCUCUGCACAUGGCAUGCGGAUGGAGAGAAUCCAGAUGAUAGUCAUUUUCGGCGCCGGAAGUGCGAGUCUACUGGUUGUAUUGCGCAGAAAAGAAAGGGUCUAUACUGCGUGUCCCAUUGGAAUGAGUUAAACCCUCAUGAUAUGAUUUGUGCCUUUUCUGGCUGCGCUAACCCUAGGCGGAAACAUGAAUCAUAUUGCGGUCGGCAUAUGAAACAAAAGGACUUAGUUCGAAAUGGCCCCAAGUAUAGCACACGGGAUGCUUGCACCUUUCCAGGAUGCCCGAACCGAAGAAAGAAGCAGAGAUUAUGCGAAAGCCAUUGGAACCUCGAAAAUCCGGGCCAAAAAUGUCGUACAAAAGCCAAAAAGGUUUGCACGACCUCUGGAUGCGAAAAGAACGCCUGGAGAAAAUCCUUAUGUUAUCAUCAUGCGGCAGAAAUGUGGCCUGGUAGCAUCAUUUGCGAAGUUUCUGAAUGCGGAAAUAACAAAUGGAAAGGUGGAUUGUGUGAGAAGCAUUUUGGGGGAUCUCGGAGUCGUGUAAAAGUCUCAUCAAAGGUUUGCACGAGCACUGGAUGUGAUAAAAGCUCCUGGAGAAAAAGUUUAUGUUAUCAACAUGCAAAAGAGAUGUGGCCUGAGAGCAUACUUUGCGAAUUUCCUGGAUGCACACAAAGAAGGCGCAAAGACGGAUUAUGUGAGAAGCAUCUCGAUGGUGAGGAACCUCGUUUUCAAUAA